AGAUUUAUGAGAGGCAGCUGUUGAGGGCUUGACGGACAGACGCACGCAAGGACUCCAGUGUUACCACUGCUGCCGCCACACAGAAGCUGUGUUUCCACUGCUGGCUGCAGAAGAGGGGUGGGCUGUGUGUCAGUGCACAGCCCAGCAGCAAGGAUGGUGCGUGAACAGUAUGUCACUACUACAGAUGAAUCUGGUGUCCCAUCACCAGUUACUGAGUACAUCUAUAAGAUUGGCAUCUAUGGCUGGAGGAAGCGAUGCCUUUAUCUAUUUGUCCUGCUCCUUAUUAUCAUCCUGGUAGUGAACCUUGGCCUCACAAUCUGGAUCUUGAGAGUGAUGUGGUUCAAUGCGGAAGGCAUGGGAUACCUCCAGGUCACAGCAGAUGGGGUGAGGUUGGAGGGCGAGUCUGAAUUCCUCUUCCCACUCUAUGCCCAGGAGAUUGACUCCAGAGAGGACUCAGCUCUGUUUGUGCGCUCGACUGAUAAUGUGACUCUUAAUGCCCGCAAUGCGAAUGGUGAUGUAACAGGAAGCAUUUCUGUAGGUCCAAAACAUGCCAAGGCCUUUGGGCAGCACUUGACUGUUAGCUCAAGUAGCUCAGGAACUGACAAAACUCUAUUCUAUGCUGAUGCAAAAGAAGCCAUCGUGGGAACUGGCAAGCUCAGAGUUACAGGCCCUGAAGGUGCUCUUUUUGAGCACUCUGUUGAAACUCCUCUGGUCAAAGCAGAGCCUCUGAAAGAUCUUAGGCUGGAGUCUCCAACUCGUUUUUUGAGUAUGGAGGCCCCGAAAGGAGUUCAUGUCAAAGCCAUGACUGGGAGUGUAGAGGCGCAGUCAAGUCUGGACAUUAUUUUGCACUCAACUGAGGGUCUUGUGGUGUUGGACGCUGAGUCUGUUCGGCUGCCUGUCUUACCUAUGGGCAAAGCUAGAACAUCAGGAGACUCUCAGGAGCUGUACGACAUGUUCGAGGUGUGCGUGUGUCCCAGCGGCAAGCUGUUCUUGUCCAAAGCUGGUGUGUCCUCAACUUGUAAUGAAAGCCAAGAGUGUUGAAGGCCUUUGCAUUAAGGAAUCAUGACUGUGAUAUCUACGAAGACAUAAAGUGGCCCUCUUGAGAUUUUUCAGAUGGAUUGGAAAAGCACAAAUUUUUCACUGUUUUUACAGUGACUUUACAAUAAAGAGAGAAGAAGCACACUACUCUCAGGUGGUAAGCAGGAGUGUCAACAGGAUACAGAAUAAGCAGCAUUUACCAUGAGUGCAUCUAUUGUGCAUUUGGAAUUAUUUGCAUUACUCUCAGCGUCACUCAUUUUCUCAACACCGCUGCUGUUUGUGAGUUGUUUGGGGAUAUUCAUUUUUCUUUUUUACUACCUUUAUUAUUAUUUUUUUUUACCAAAUUAGGCUGGGCAAAAAGGGGCUGGUCAACAGCGUACAUCCUAUGCAAUAUGAUUUUAUGGUGCAAUAAGCAAAAUUUGUGUAGUAAAUGUAACUGCUGUUAAAGAGCAGUAAAAGUACUGUGAUUUUUUAUUUGUCAGCUCAAACAAGUCCUCUGUCAGCCAUGUCUGUGUUUGUGGCAAAUGCAGUCUAUCGUAAGUUGCUCAGAGGUAACCAGAGCCUUUUCUAUAGGUAAAUAAAUAGACCACAGAAUAAAUUAUUUGUGCCAUUUACAUAAAGGUUGCUUUUUAAGUGUGCAUUUAAGUUAAGAUUAACUAAUUUGCAACACAUGCCGUAAUAUAUAUUUAUUAAUCUGAUUUAUAGCCUGAUACAAUCUUACGGCAAAAUUCCACUUAAAACAAUGAAAAGUAGCAACUCCUUAAUAAACAUCGACUGAAGUCACUUUCACUACAACACUGAGUAUGUGUAUGCAAUGAAAGAAAGCCACUUCUUGUCAUUGUGGUUAUCGUUUUCGCUGCUCACAACUUGGGGAAUCCCAGACAGUUCACCUAUUUUCUCUACUCCAGCUUCCAUCACACCUGAACCAACUAUUUUAAGGUUCUUGAGGUUUAGAGCAAAAUUGUGGGCUCUCUGGGGGUCUCCAUGAACUUCAUUGGGAAACAAUGGCUAUUGAGAAUUUGGUGUUAGGUGUUACUCAAAUUGAACUGAAUUUAAAUCUUCCUCCAUUUGGAAAAGCAGAGGUUGAAGCUACAUGUGCAGGUGACUCUAUUGCCACAUGCCUCUCAAUUUGCGAAGCCCAGAUAACUAAUUCUCAAAACACCCUGGCUGGAUCUUUAGUUUAAUAAUGCCACUUAAGUUUAAUAAUCAUAAUAAGUGGUGUUUGUAUGUGUGUUAAUAAAUAUUUGGUCUUUA